AAGUAGUCGCAGGGCUGUGGUGAAGCCUUUUCACCAACCUAGCAGAAGAGAAAAGGGUUACAAGCGAAAGGUAGUCGAGGAAGAGUUUUCUAAGAACGCCGUAGGAGUUUUAGAUUCCUGGAUCAUCAUGCCCAGAAGUCAUGACAUAAAAAAGUCUCUUACACCUCAGAUUUCUUGUUUGACAAGUGAAUCUUAUAAACAGCUGGAUUUUUUGCCUGACAAACUAAGAGCAAAGCUGCUUCCCUUCCAGAAAGAUGGCAUCACUUUUGCCUUGAGAAGAGACGGCAGGUGUAUGGUGGCUGAUGAAAUGGGUCUAGGAAAGACUAUUCAGGCAAUUGGCAUCGCUUACUUCUAUAAGGAGGAAUGGCCACUUUUAAUCGUGGUCCCUUCAUCUCUGAGGUACCCUUGGACAGAAGAAAUAGAGAAAUGGAUCCCAGAGCUGGGUCCAGAAGAAAUCAAUGUUAUCCAGAAUAAAACUGAUGUUGGGAGAAUAUCGACCAGCAAAGUGACAGUUCUGGGUUAUGGUCUUUUAACCACAGAUGCAGAGACUUUGAUAGAUGCACUGAAUAAUCAGAACUUCAAAGUAGUUAUUGUAGAUGAAUCACACUACAUGAAGUCCAGAAAUGCAACUCGCAGCAGGAUUUUAUUGCCAGUAGUACAGAAAGCCAAACGAGCCAUUCUUCUUACAGGAACUCCAGCACUUGGAAGACCUGAAGAGCUUUUUAUGCAGAUUGAAGCUCUCUUUCCACAAAAAUUUGGAACAUGGACCGAGUAUGCCAAAAGAUACUGUAAUGCACAUGUCAGAUAUUUUGGUAAAAGACCUCAGUGGGAUUGCAGAGGGGCCUCAAAUCUUAAUGAACUUCAUCAGCUAUUAAGUGACAUAAUGAUUAGAAGAUUAAAGGCUGAAGUUUUAACCCAGCUGCCCCCUAAAAUCAGACAGCGUAUUCCAUUUGAUCUUCCAGCAGCGGCAGCCAAGGAAUUGAAUUCCAGCUUUGAAGAGUGGGAAAAAUUAAUGAGAACUCCAAAUUCAGGUGCCACCCAGACUGUCGUGGGGUUGUUUACUCGCAUGUUUAAACAAACUGCUAUUGCCAAGGCAGGUGCUGUAAAGGAUUAUAUUAAGAUGAUGCUUCGGAAUGAUUCGCUUAAAUUUCUGGUUUUUGCACAUCAUUUAAGCAUGCUCCAAGCUUGCACAGAAGCCGUCAUAGAAAACAAGACUCGUUACAUUAGGAUUGAUGGAAGUGUCCCAUCUUCAGAAAGAAUACAUCUGGUUAAUCAGUUUCAAAAGGAUCCUGAGACUCAUGUGGCUAUUCUAAGCAUUCAGGCUGCUGGUCAGGGUUUGACAUUUACUGCUGCAAGUCAUGUUGUAUUUGCUGAGUUGUAUUGGGACCCUGGACACAUAAAACAAGCAGAAGACCGUGCUCACCGGAUUGGACAGUGCAGUUCUGUGAAUAUUCACUACCUUAUUGCAAAUGGGACUCUAGACACCCUUAUGUGGGGAAUGUUGAAUCGCAAGGCUCAGGUUACAGGGAGCACACUGAAUGGUAGGAAGGAAAAACUUAAGGCUGAGGAGGGUGAUAAGGAAAAAUGGGAUUUCCUGCAGUUUGCUGAAGCUUGGACUCCAAAUGAAAAGUCUGAAGAGCUCAGGAAUGAAAUGUUGUUCACUCAUUUUGAAAAAGAAAAACAGCAUGAUAUUCGAUCAUUCUUUUUACCAAACCCUAAGAAGAGACAGUUGGUGACCUCCUGUGAUGAAUCGAGGGUCUUCCAGGAGAAAAAUACUGUAGUACCUGCAGACCUUGGAAAAACAGCUACAAGAGAUUAUGAAAGUGAUCUUGAACCUGAAGCUAAAAAAAUGAAAUCAGUCACCACCGAUGACCACUGCAGUCCCCUGGAGGAGAAACCAUCCCAGCCCGGGCAGACCAAAGCUCCGCUCAUGGACAGGGUCUGUGAGGCCAAGGCCCAGGCCACCACUCCACCCCUUCCUGGUGAAGGCUGGCAGUGUGCUCUCUGCACCUAUAUUAAUAACUCAGUGUUACCUUGCUGUGAAAUGUGUGAGAAUCCUCAGGGCAGUGCCGAUAGCCUCCACCACACCCAGUAUAAAAACAGAAACGAGAAAGAUGAUUCUCGGAAAGACACCUCCGAAAAAAUAUGGACUAGUUCUGACGGGGAAAAACAAGUCCUUGCACAUUCAGCACCUGAACCGUUAGCUGAGAGCCAGGAAGAAGUUUCAAAAACUGAGGGUGAGGACAGACUCACACCCCAGCCAGGUGAUGAACAGUUGAAGAGUACGGACACUUUGCCAGUGUGUGAUACCUUAAUGUUUUGUGCGAGCAAGAACACUGACCGGAUUCACGUCUAUACUAAGGAUGGAAACCAGAUGAACUGUAAUUUCAUUCCUUUGGAUAUAAAAUUAGACCUUUGGGAAGAUUUACCAGCAAGCUUUCAGCUGAAACAAAAUCGCUCCCUGAUUUUGAGGUUUGUUCGAGAAUGGAGUAGUCUAACUGCUAUGAAGCAAAGGAUAAUCAGGAAAAGUGGGCAGCUGUUCUGCAGCCCAAUUCUUGCUCUGGAAGAGAUCACAAAGCAGCAAACCAAACAAAACAGUACCAGGAGGUAUGAAAGAUGGGGCUACACAACAGCAUUGAUUGGAAGUCUAUAUGAGGAGCAGUUAGACAUUGGAUGCCUUGCCUUCCCACUGUCCUCUAUAGAGAAACUGAACGAGAGAGGCACCAGUCUUGGAAACACCAACCUCAGUGGAGAUAAAUGGAGAGGCAUUAUACUGGAAACUACACUCCCCAGGUCCCUUUCUUGGCUCAGCUGCCAUACCAACAGCCACAUUUUACUUUCUAGGCAUGAGAUUAGAGGAUUCAUCUCUGAAAAGAUGGAAUGGCUUCAGAAUAAAGACACAUAUAUACUAGUUUUCAGGAAUUCUCCCAAAAGCAAUGGCUAGAACUCCCAACAUGAUUAUCCUCCAGUGGCAUCCACUCAUUUGCAGGCUGCGUCCAAGCUCAGAGUUUGUAGUCAGCUUUUGAGCAGCUCACUCUUAAAUAUAAAUAGAAGCCAAGAUCACCAGCCAUUGUUUAGGUUCCUAAGUGGGUUUCCACUUGUCAAAGGGCAGGUCUGAUUCACUUGGAAAGCUGUGGGUUUAGAAUGCCAAAUGUAUCCUCUAGCCACAGCUGAUCUCUAAAGCAAGUCAACAGCCUAGAGCCCAGCACUGUUCUUUCUUUUUUUUUUUUUUUGGUUGUGCUGGGUCUUGGUUGCAGCAGACGGGUUCCUUAGUUGCAGCAUGUGGGCUCCUUAGUUGUGGCAUGCAUGUGGCAUCUAGUGCUCUGACGAGGGAUCGAACCCAGGCCCCCUGCAUUGGGAGCGCAGUCUUAACCACUGCACCCAGGGAAGUCCUGAGCCCACCACUCUUCUCAUUGGUUCAGGCCACCUUCCAACUCAUUCCUCUUUUAUUGCAAAACUUGCCAUCUCCUCUGAUCACCCCCAUCCAGGAAUUACUUGAGUAGACAGCAUUCUUCCUUCCCUAUCUGUCAAAAUUCGGAUUUACCAUAAUCCUUUUGAAAGUUGGUAUGCUUACAUGAACUUUUUGGCAAAACUCAAUGGAAAAUUAAAUAUUGGUAACGCAGCUACGUUUGAAAAGUUGCCAGCAACCCACUUUGGGGUUGAUUGAUCCAUUUCUUGUGGUUUCCAAAAAUUUGUACUUAAACCUCUCAUAGGAAGUAACCUCUGAUUAUUUUUAGUUCUUAAAUCUCUGAAUAGAUUUCUCAGCAUCUUUUUUUUUUAAUUUAAUGAAUUAAUUUAUUUGUGGCUGCGUUGGGUCUUCGUUGCUGCGCACGGGCUUUCUCUAGUUGUGGCGAGCGGGGGCUACUCUUCGUUGAGGUGCGCGGACCUCUCAUUGCGGUGGCUUCUCUUGUUGUGGAGCACGGGCUCUAGGCACGCGGGCUUCAGUAGUUGUGGCUCGUGGGCUCUAGAGCGCAGGCUCAGUAGUUGUGGCACACAGGCUUAGUUGCUCCGCAGCAUGUGGGAUCUUCCCGGACCAGGGCUCGAACCCAUGUCCCCUGCAUUGGCAGGCGGACUCCCAACCACUGCGCCACCAGGGAAGUCCCAGCUUUCUCAGCAUCUUUUAAAGUUACUAAAUUAAGCUUCUAAGCUUUUAAACAUUGAAUAAUCCCUGAGGCAAGGCUUAAUAUCCCAUUGCCCAUCAAAGCUAGAAGCUUUUGAGUUCUUUUAGAAUAUGCUGGAAUACUUUAGCAAAGUGCUUUUGUCAAGGGAAUGAAAUGGUUGAAGAUAGGAGGGGGGAGGGAAUUUAGGAGCUAAAAGGGCAAGUUAAAGAAUACUUAAAGAAUUCACUGUGAUUCUUUUUUUUGCUUUAAGAAAGACACACAAGUAGAAAUGCCAACAUGUGAAAAGAUAGUCAUCCUUCCUCUUAACAGAAGAAAUGCAAAUGUAAAGCUAUAACAAGAUACCUAUCACCAUUAGCAGAGAUAUUUUUAACUGAUAUACCUUGUGCUAGUGAAAGUGUGAGGAAACCGGCUCUCCAUUGCUGGUGGAUGUAUAAAUUUGUACAAAACCAGAGGAGAACAAUUUGUCAAAAUCUGUCCAAAUUUAAAGCACCCAAGAUCUUUGACCCAGCAAUUCUACUUCUGGGAAUUUAUUCUACAGCUACUUAUUGUGUAGAAAAUAGGGAUAUUUGGGAUGGGGAUAUUUUGUACAGCAUUGUUUGUGAUAGCAGAGACUGGAACAACCUAAAUGGACAUUAAUCAGAGACUGGUAAGAUACAUCAUAUGGUUUGUCGAAAUGAUGAAAUAACAUGCAGCCAUUUAAAAAAAUAGGGCAAUUCUAUGUGUGCUAAUAUGGAAAGAUCUCCAAGAUGUAUGUUUAGGUAAAAAGAGCAAGGUGAAGAUUAAUGUGUGUAUUAUGCCACCAUUUGUUUUUAAAAAUAAAAAGAAUAAUGGGGAGUGACUGCUAAUGGCUAUGGGUUUCUUUUUGGGUUGAUAAAAAUGUUCUGGAAUUAGAUAGUGGUGAAGGUUGUACAGCCUUAUGAAUAUACUAAAAUGCACUGAAUUAUAAACUUGAAAAUGGUAAAUUUUAUGGUAUGUGAAUUGUAUGUCCAUAAAAAUACAAAGAAAGAAAUAAAAGUUAUACACAUAAAAAAUGAACUAUUUCUAGAAGGAUGUAUUGAAAAUUGGCAACAGAGAUAGUUUGGGGAAGCGGGGAGAAAAGGAUGGGAAUGGAAGGGAAACACUGUUCAUCAUAUAAAGCAGUGCGUGCCUUUAAAAUUGUGAAAUAUGUGCAUGUAUCACCUCAUUAAAAAAUUAAUAAACUACUUUAUAAAAAGGAGGAAUUCUAUUAAUUACUAAAUCUACUUCAACAACAUAAAAGCAAAUUUCUAAAAUUUUACCUGUAACUGCACAAUUCCAUUGUGAUUUAACUUGAAUUUUGUUGUCAAGUUACCAAAUGAAGAAGUAUUUGAGAAUAUGAAAAAAAUGCAUGUUUAAAGUAAUUUUUAAAGAAAAUUGCAAUAGGUGUAAACUACUAGAGAAACUAGGCCAUGCUAAUUAGAAGGAAUUAAUUGGGUAAUUGCAUUUCACCUACUUAAAUUCCCCCGUCACCUUUAAUUGGAAUAACUUUCCUCUUUACUUCCAGUCCCUAAACCAUUAUGUGGUAUUGGUGGUGUUGUGUAAUAAGGUUCUGAAUCCCACAUCAAGAGUGGCUUUAUUUCAGUGGAAGAUUCCAUAAACUCUAUAUGAGCUGAUAAUGGAAACAACCUUAAGAUUAUAGACAAUGUGAUUGAAUCUAGUUAACUAAAAAGAGAAUCACUUUAUCUGAAUACACUGAUACACUGUUAUAACUGAUUAAGGUGAUGUGAGGAGCCUUGAAGAGAAGACCAAUAGGGAGGUGAAAAUCCAGUUAGAGAUUUUCUGCACAGCUUGGCAAGCAGUUUACUUACGGCUGUCAGUGGUGCAUGUAUUUGAUCAUUUCUUAUUCCUACACCCACGCCUUUUUUCCCCUAAGUGAAAAUUUGUCCAAAGGAUAUUGAAUGACUGUUGAAUUUCUUAGAAAAAUAAAUCUUGAGAAAACUAAUUUGGAACAAAGAGAUGUGUUUCCUACAUGUGGAGACCAAUGUAGAGGGAAAAAAUUCCAUUCCCUAAUUUAAGUAUUAGCACAAUGAAUAGACUCAUAUUUCUUUUUCUCCUAUUGCUUUCACAAGGAGAAAUGUGAACAUGAAAUAGAGAAACUCUUAUAGGAGAGAGGAAAUCUACUUCACA